UAUGGUGUUCUUUGCAUUUCGAUCUACCAGCAUAGAAUGUUUGCUGCAAACACUUCGUAUAUACAUAUACACAUUUUUUUUGAGGAAGUGCAAAAUACAUGUAGUUCAAGUAUUGCUGAAGAACGAAUCUUCGCCAAUGGUCAGAAUUAGCCAACCUCUCCAGCACACCCUGUACAAAGCAGACGAUCGGUUCCUGGAUUUUUCUUCAGACAACGCGUCGAGGCAACUGCAACGAGUCCAAAGUUUUACAAAAUACCGCCCUCUGGAUCGACGGCAUUGUUGUUUUGAUUGUGGAUGUGUGAUUUAAUUUUGUUAAAGUCUCGGAAAUUUGACUAAAAAAAAUGUUUUCCACACCGAAAAGAAAUAAACUUUCGCCGAAUGGUGAUAGUGAAGUGAUUCUGACGCCGAACAGUCGAGUUUUAAAGGUCUCUUGCUUUAAUAUCGCAGACAAAGCGAUGGAAAAUGCAAGCAGCCCAAGCCAUCACGAAAAAACUGUUAUAUCGCCUGGGGAGACAAGGCGAGGGAGGCCUAGGGCUGAUGUUCUGACCACUCUGAUCCUUGAAGGCUCCACCUCGCCCAGUUCCAUUAAAUGCAUGUAUUGCAAUCGGGUCUUUCCCAGGGAAAAGUCCCUGCAAGCCCAUCUCAGAACACACACAGGUGAAAAGCCAUACGCUUGCGACUUUCCGAGAUGCACCAGAAAGUUUGCCCAAUCAGGUCAACUGAAAACCCAUCAGCGACUCCACACAGGAGAAAAACCUUUCAUUUGUGUUGCGCCGCAUUGUGCAAGACGAUUUACUCAUGCCAACCGACAUUGCCCAGACCAUCCAGAAUUCACCCUGAAAAGGUUCAUUGCGAAACGGGAACCUCUUGAUAAGUCCUACGAUGAGACGCACACGGCGGAAAUCAGGGAAUGGUUACAGAAUUUUGAUAGACGCUCCAAAAGUUUAUCAAAAUCAAACGAAAAUCUGGAUUCAACGCCAAGGAAGUCCAUCCUUUUUAAGACCGAAGAAUCAAUGUUUAGCAGCGGAAGUUCGACGUAUUACUCUGGCUGCUCUCAAAACGGCACUGAUAUCGAAAACUCACCAAAUUCUGAACUGGAUGAUCUUGAAACCUCAACAUGCAGUAUUUCUGAAGGUUCGGAGAAUGAAUUGAAUUCAGGUUCGCCACAGCCAAAGCCCUCAGAACUGCCCAAGAAGCGAUGGUUACGUGAAGCUACCCAAGAGCAAAGACUUUGGGAUUCCACUACAGAUUUGGCAUCUCCUAUAAAUUGGGGUGAAGAUGGAUAUACUGAAGAACCCAGUCCUGUAGAAGUUGCCGAAAAUCAGAAGCGCCCUUCCGUUCUGGUUUGUGUGCAAGGGGGAAAGAGCAAAGAAAUAUCAAAUGAUGAAAUUCAGGGAGCUAUGGCAUUGGUUGAAAUGAAAAAUGGCCUAAAUUGCAAUUAUAGUUACAGAAUAUAACUAGAAUCGAUUUAGAAAAUGAUUGAGGGACACGAAUGGUUUGUUAUAAAAUUGGGAACAUCUUAUAGCGCCACUGAAAAUUUAAUUUAUUUGGUAGAGUAAGAUGUUAUUUGAGGUCUCGUUGUCGUGGGAGCACUUUCAACAAGACAUCAAUUUGUCUGCUAUCAUUUUGCAAGCGCCUCCAUGAACACGAGGGUUUCUUAUCAGAUAUUUUUACAAUUUUAUUUGUUAUUGUUAAACUUCUGAUCUGAAGUAAUAGAUUCCUGCUUUUUAUUAAGUUUUUUUUGAAAUGUGGUACCUUUAGUUAUUUAUUCAUGUUAUGUUUGUUCCUAUGGGAGGAAUUCCGAUUGUUUUAUUUGCAAAUUCAGUCCUUUUGAAUUGGUUUUACGACAUGAAAGUGAACAAACAUUUUGCAUUUUAUUCAAUGAAAUUAUCAAAUUGUAACGCAUGUUUUUUAAUGCGAUUUUUUCCUUUUGUAAAUACGUCUUGACCGCUUCCUAUUUAUGUCUUCAGCGAUUGUAAGUUAUAGUUUUGUGCACUUAAGGUUUAUUUAUAAUAAUUUUCACCCGAAACUAACAAUUAUAGUUGGUUGUACCGAUGAUCAAUCGUAAACAUGUAUUACAAAAUUUUGUGACUUUUGUGAAAUAUGAAUCCUUUAACAUGUA